AUGAAAACUAUUGAUUUAGAACAAUGGGAACGAUUACUUGUUCCUGAUCUGAGCCUUCUUAAAAAAACAACUGUCGAUAUAUUAAAAUAUUUUAACAAAUGCGAAGAAACACCCGUACAAAUUGAAGAUGUCAUUGAGCAGGGUCAAACUUUUCGUUCAUUAACCAUUCUACGUGCAACAGAAUGCCAGAAAAUGGCAUCAUAUGCAGACGACAUGAUUUCUUACUUUGAGCAACUUUCAGGAGAAAGGGCAAGUAUUUCUUCGCUUAUGAGGCCUUUAGAAGGGUUAUUGAGCGAAGCACAGAAUCGCAAGGAUAGUGCCGAGAAACUGAAAUACAGCAUUAAUUCUGACCUGAAAAAAGUUGACCUAAGAAACAGGUCUAGCGAUGAUAGGAUUUUACAAGUUAAAUCAUGGUCAAUAAGACUAAUACAUAUAGUAUCAUUAGUGGCAAUAAUUAUUAUGUUGUAUAUCACUAAUAUUACUACACUUAAUGUACCGUUGACUACAAGUGAGAUAAAAAGUGCCACCACAAAGGAUCCCGUUACAACCACUGUUUUUUAUACCACCGUAUCUUAUGAGCCGACAAGUUAUUGGUAUGUUUUUUACUCUGAGCGAACGGUGACAAUCACAACUUCGCGGUUAGAAACCAUCACAGCAGAUACUACUGAAAACUCUGGCCAGACGGCGACCACUACGAUAACUGAUCAAACAGGCGCUACUGAAAGAUCGAAUAAACGUCUUUAA